AUGUUCUCUUCUAACCUGUCAUGAAUUCCUACUGUCAGCACUUCAGCAAUGUAGGCACAACCAGGUGAGAAAAGCUGAAACCUGACACCAUUUCUGUGAAGUACUUUGUGUGUGGCUUGCUUUACUCUGAAGUCUAAGGAAAGCAGCAUCCUCAGGAGAUGAAGAAGGAAGAGUCCUUGGUAAUUAAAGCACACAGUAAGAUUUGAAGCCUACGAAACACACAGACUGCGGUUAGCCAUCCAUUUGCCAGCUGUUAUUCUGCACUUCUCUUAGUUACUCGUGAAAAAUUGCAUCUACAGCCAUCCUGGUGCUUCUUCAUUGGUGAUGUUAGUGGGAGACGGAAAGAAGGAACACAUGAAUCUCUCACGACAGUGUACAUCAAGGCACUAGGCAAUCACGACUGAGUGGCAUAGACUGUGACCGUACUGCACUGGACAGAGGCUAACGUGGUUUUGAGACAGCCAUGUCAGAGGUUCCAAAUGGCUGUGGACCAGAACUUAAUCCCAUUUACUUCAACCUUUGCAGUCUCUAUGGAGUGUGGGGGAUUGUGCUACAGGCCAUAGCUGUAGCAGGAAUUAUUGGUACUAUCCUUAUUGCCUUGGUAUUUAUGGGGCUCCUUCCCUUUAUGCCUAAAGACAUGCGGAGGGGAGCACUUGGUGUCAACUUUAUGUUCCUGAUGGGUGUCUUAGGCCUUUUUUCAUUGAUUUUUGCUUUUGUUGUCCAGAACUUCACCCCCAACUGCUCGGUGAGACGAUUUCUCUUUGGUGUACUUUUUGCUGUGUGCUUCUCCUGUCUUGUAUCAAAUGGAGUACGUUUGAACUAUUUGGUGCGCCACAAUUAUGGACCCAAAGGCUGGGUGACUGCUUUGGUUGCCAUUGCCUUAAUUCUAGUAGAAGUUGUAAUUAACGUUGAAUGGCUUUUGAUAACUAAUGUCCGUCAUAAUCCUCUUGGUGCAGACCCUAGUGGGGACCCAUGUAACUAUGCUAACCAAGACUUUGUCUCAGCACUGGUUUAUGUUAUGUUUUUGAUGUUUGCUGCACUUGUAGUCAACUGUUUUGCACUUUUUGGAGACUUCCAUCAGUGGAGACGUCAUAGUAUCUUCAUUGUAGUAACAGUGUCGCUUUCUAUGGCCAUCUGGAUUGUCUGGAUUGUGAUGUACACUUAUGGCAACCGACAAGUUGGUAACCCUCUAACAUGGGAUGACCCUGCUUUGGCUAUUGCUUUAGCUUCGAAUGCUUGGGUCUUUUUAUUUUUUUAUUCUAUUCCACAACUUGUAGAGGCUAUGCGAGCUGAUUAUGACAUAAGUCACCCAGUUGAAAAUGUCCAGAUACAAAUGCCUCGAUACACGACUCUUGAAAACAGGGCAUUCUCUAUGGAGGAAACUUUAACAGGCAAUGGCAAAUCUCCAUAUAUGAAAUAUGAUAGGCAAGAGAGCAACCAGAGCAAUUCAGUUAUUUAUUCAACAAUAUCUUGGAAUAGCAGAGGUCGGACAAUGAAUGGGCACCUUCCUGCAAUAAAUGAGCAGAGCUGGAAGUCGGAAUUGUAAAUGCAGUAUAAAAUACAACCAGACAGACCAUUGCAGUGUGACAGUCCAUCAGUAAACUGCUCCAGGAAGACUACAGCAACGUCAGAUCCACCAAAUCCAAGCCCUGGCUUAGACAUGAUGGCUAAUAAUGUAGCACUAAUGUGACCAGCUGACAUAUGGUCUAGACCCACUGUGGCAUAAUAAGGAGCCAUUACAUAAUUAUGUGCUGCUCCAAACAAAUCAAUUCCUAAUAGUGACACUUACCUUUAACCAAAGAAAUCAGUAUGUUUACUGCUUAGCAUAAGUAAUGCUUAAUUAACUUUUGUGGUAUUACAAGUCUUAUUUCUGAUCUGAUCAUUCUUAAGACACUUUACUUUUUAUUACUUAUUUUUUUUUUUAAAUUAAUUCUUUUUUUCAUGGCAGGUACGAGCUGAUAUGCUUAAAAGAUGCUUGCUGUUCUGCCUUCUUUUAAUAGUAAUGUUGCAGUGAGAUGCGUGUGUGGUGGUUAAAAUAAAAAUAACUGUAACCCAGACAGCAGUGAAUGUAUAGCAUGUACAUAUUGCCCAGUCACAUUUACACAAAUGUACAAACAGUACAUCAAAGGUCAUAUAAUAACCUACCUGCCGUAUUACAAUGCAGCUAUAAUAUGUGUCAAAAGCAAGAUGUUUUAUUCACAGACUGUGCAAACAGAAUAGUGCAAAGAUACAGGUAAAUGAAAUAUUCUUCUGAUAAACCAUACCACUGCAUGCAUUUUUUUCACUUUUAAUAUUUAUUCUAGUUCAAAGAAAAACAGGAGCAUUACGUGGCUACUUAGUGUUAUGUUCAUUAUCAAGGACAUUGUAAUUGAGCAACUAAGUUGCUACUUACACACGGGUUUUUCUCAUGUAGUAACUUUAUUACUGUAUUGUUGGAUUCUGUAUUCUACGUGAGACAGAAUAGAGAAUUAAGUUACUGAAUUCAGUCAUCUCCUCACUUGGGUGUGGUAAUAUUACAUGCUAUAUAAUGCAGGUACCUUAAAAGACUAGCAGAGUUUCUCCAAUUUCAAGAAAUAUUUUUAACAUAUGAUUUGUAGACUCGCACUUCUCCAAAUGAUAUUUUUUUCUUUGACUCUAGCUUUUUAUGCUGAGUGGCAGAAUUUUUUGUGCACUAUAGUUUAAAUAUGUAACAUAUACACAGGUCAGGGAGGUAACAAGACAAAAAUUUUUCACCAUUUGCAGACAUUUCACAAACUUUCAGAGAACAUGAUAGUCCAUUUCCCGUAAUUACUUAAGCACUGAUUAGAACAUUUUAAUACAAUU